AGAGAAACCUCUUACCAGUCACUUUCCACAAAUGGUACAUGGGAAGGGUCUUAAUGAAAAUCCCUCAGUGGUAUUUAAUGGUAAAGCAGUGGUUGGCCCCUUGUAUCUGCAGAUAGAAGAGGCUGCCACAAGGAGAACGAGAGAGGAGAAGUCACUAGUUCUGUGACCUCUGUCCCAGCAGACCUGCUUCUCUUGCUGCAGCAGUUAAGUCUCUUGAACAGCCAUGUGUGACAUGGGAGGACUAGAUAAUCUGAUAGCUAACACAGCUUAUUUGCAGGCCCGGAAGAGCAGCGAAGGAGACCUGAGGGAGCUGCAGAAGAGGCGCAAGAGCCUGUCUUUGCCCCCCACUGAUGUUUGUCGUAAGGAAUUAAAAGAUAAUAUAACCCCGGACUAUGAAAGCAUCUGUGUACAGCAGCCAAUUGGACGGCGACUAUUCGGAGAUUUUUUGGUCACUGUGCCUGAAUAUGAGGUGGCACAAAAUUUUCUGGAUGAGCUGUGUGACUGGGAGCUGGAGGAAGCUGCAACCAAGGAACAAAUGCUAGAAACCAUUGUAAGCAAAAGGUUCAAGGGCAAUGCUGAGGCUCAGCUGCCUUUUCUAAGUUCAGAUCUAUCGACUAGCCUCAAAGGUGCCCAAGGCAAAGAACUCCAGCAGCUAGUUCAGCGUGCCAAGGAGGAGACAAAUGCCUUUCUUAUGGACGGACCAUUCCAGGACUUCCAGAAUAGCAUGUUCUACGAUCGCUUCCUCCAGUGGAAAGCAUUCGAGAGACAGCCAAUCACCCAGAAAUACUUCUAUGAGUUUAGGGUACUGGGGAAAGGAGGCUUUGGAGAGGUAAAAUAUAUAUAUAUAUGUAUAAAUAUAUAUCUUUUUUUGUAUAUUGGUUCAUUAUAAGAUGCCACAUUUGACGUUGGCAUGACAGGAGCUUAGGUAAUGGUUCACUACUGGAGACCCAGACAAAUUAAAUUAGCCGCGGCCAUGCUAUGUCAGAGUAAAGAGCAAACGUCCUAUCCGGGUCUCUGUUACUCCACUUUCUGCUAAUAAAAUUGGCUUAAUACAUUAACGAAAGAGCAAUCCUAUUCAAGUUAGUCCGUCUGGAAGUGUCAUAGAUGAUUCUUUAGUGUUGUGAGCCAGUGCAGAGCAUCUUCUUCUGUUACUAAGGACUAUGUUGAUGUUUUAUGAAUAAAUAUCAAAACUUAUGCACCCAUGAGUACAUCCAGAGGGGUCACGGGUUCUUCUGAACCAUUGUGUUUUGUUGGUGCUGUUACAAAGCUACAUGCUGGGUAAACAGUGGAUUUUGGGGAUGUUACAAGUUGUGCUUGGUUGGAAACCAAUGAGAAAUGAUACAUAAUAUGAUGCCUGGAGUUCUGUAUGAAAGUGAUAAGCCAAGGAGAAUCCUGGUUUAUGUAGUGUUUGUUGUGUUUAACAUCUAACUGCAGAUCCUAAAGGCAAUGUAUUGAGGUGUACACAAUACACACACAUCAAAUUGUAAUAUUUAGGCAAAAAUAAAGUUAUACCAUAGUUUGGGAAUUUUACCAGGUUAGCUAGUGUUCUCAAAAUUUUGCUAUUUGGUUUUCAAUUCGCUACAAUUCUCUCUUUUUUGUGAACAAACCUCAGAGAAUAUAAAUUGUACAUUUGUAAUGUAUGUGAAGGAAAUACCACUAUAACUCUCUCUGACUUUCGCACUUGCCAUGCACACUCAUGCAUCUGUGAAGAUCCACAUGAAUAUAAUAAAGUGUGUACUGCACAUAUACAUAAAUGCAUUGACGUACACAAUUACACUGUCUGUACCGAUGUGGAUGUUUUGCAUGGCAUUUGGAGGUAGUUCUUUUGGGAGUAGGCUUCUUUGUAGAUUCUAUACAGCAGUAAGUAUAAUCACACACAGGUAUAUUUACUGUUAAAAGCUUGAGCCUUCGUGCUUUUCAUAUUUUCAUAAAGUUCAUAUUUAAAAAAAGAAACCGCAAACAAACAAACAAAAAAAUGUUUAGAUUGUAUUAUAAUAUGCAUAGUUCUAAACUGUAACAAAUCAUUCUUGCAUGCUUUACCUAUGUCUUACAUGUUGUUAAUAUUCAUGUGACAAGUUCUUAACAAACAUGCAUUAUCUAUCUAUCUCUCUCUCGCUCUCCAUCUAUCUAUCUCUCUUUCUAUAUCUCUCUCUAUCUAUCUAUCUAUCUAUCUAUCUCUCUCUCUCUCUAUCUAUCUCUAUCUAUCUCACAUAUUAGUUUGUUUGAUUUUUUUUUGUAAUCAUACUUAAGAAAAUUUUAAUUUCUCUAGAAUUUUUAAUUCAGGAUUUUCAGGAUUUAACAAGUUUUCCCCGCUCCCUUAUACCUUCUUUCAUUAUCUUCCCCAUCUUCUCUUCCUCAUUAUUUCCUUGUGCAUCACUGAAAUAAACCCUGCCAAGGCUCAACUUUCUUCCUUCCCAAUUUUCUCCAUCAUGUCUGCCUCACCCAUGUUUUGCAAUGUUCCCUUGACAAGCACAUGCUCCAUUGCCUCUAUCUACCAGCUCCACUUUUGAAAUACCCAAUUAAUAAUGAAUUGAUUCUUCUAUCAACAGCAUUGACCUUAUGCUCUAUAUUCUGCCAUCCAACCAGAAAUCUUUAUAAAUGACCACAUAUUUGUUUAUGUUUUAAUUUAUCUCCAGUCUACUAACGCCAAACAUUUAUCUGGUAUAAAACCGCCUCAACUAAAUGACACCUCAGUACCUUCCCUUUCUCAUUUUCUACUAAAUCUUAACCCGUUUAACUUCACUCCAUGUUCACCAGAAUCCUUCCACUUCCUGAUUCCACAUUUUUUCUUCACAUCCAAAUUUCCAUUUCCCAUUUCAUUUUGCAAUAUCCUUAAAAAAAAAAAACACACAUUCACAAGUAACACAAAAGCACGGUUCAGUUCUCAUUCUGACCCCAUCUCUCGCCCUCCUCACUCGUUCCCAGAUGAUGUUAUUACUACUUUAUAUAUGUUUCCUGUUUCCCACAAGUUUAACUGUAAGCAAGAUGGGACUAAAUAGACCUGUUUAUGUUAUAGCACAUUCUUGCUUCUGUUACAUUUGUCAUUUCACCUACCCUUAGGGAGAGCUGAGCAGGAACCCCAGGUUUUGGAGGGGACCAAAACCUAGAACUAACAGAGCUUUAUGUAGCAAAUAGAUGAAAAGAGGCUUCACAUCCACUUGUGAACACAGGGUACAUUUUGGUGAAAUGUGGAAAUGUAAGAAUUGGUAUAUUAUUAUUAUUAUGAUAUUUAUAGAGCGCCGUCAAAUUCCGCAGCGCUUUGCAAUGGGUGGACGAACAGACAUAUAUUAAUUAGCUUGUGAAUGUGAACAAAGGGAGAGAAACUUGACAAACAAAGCCAUGGACAUAGUUGAAAUGAGGAUAAAAUUAUGGAUAUGGAGUGAAAGAAGGUAAUUAGCUUUGGGAUUGAUGGAAAUUUUAGGAAUAAUUGAUCCCCUUGUACAGCACUACGGAACCUAUUGACGCUUUAUAAAUAAUAAUAAUGAUAAUAAUAUGGGUCUUUAAAUAAUAUAGAGAAAUACAAAGCAAAGCUUUCUACUCGCACAGAAACAGGGAUAGGUUCUCAUAUUGACAUACACACACUGAAACACUAACAUUGCAAACACACUUAACACUCAAACAUAUGGCUAUAUAGCCGGGGUACAGGUGGGCUGGUUUUUAAUAAACUAAAAUUAAGUAUUUGGGAUGAAUACUUAAAGCAAUAUUUACACGAUGAAUACAUACAUAUAGAAUGACACAAAGCAUAUUUGAUUUAAUGCAUAUUGAUGGUGGCAUAUGGUAUUUACGCAAAAAAAAAAUCAAGAUUUGUCAAAAAUGUCAGAUUAAGUUAAGACUUAGAGAAAAAAAAGUAAGAGGCUCUUUCCCCAGACCUCACAAAUGUUUAGAGUCACCCUGAUAUCCCAGAGCUAGUGAACUGAAGUAUAAAGAAACGCACAUAUUGCUUUAGUGGGAGUCUCUGCCCAGUCCAGAGCUGCAGUAUGAGAUGCUUUUUUGUGAAUCAACUAUAUGAAUGCCAAUAAUGUUAAACAGGAUUUAAUUCAAUGGAUUCACAUGACGUAUGUCAGUGAGAUUAGACACACAGGCAAGCCAAUCAAUGUAAGUCAUUUACCAUUGGCCACUUUUGUGCAAGUCAUUUUUUUUAAUGUAUCUAUUUGAGGGAAAUCCUGGAUUAGUUACUAUAAUAAUUCCGUGACAAACUGAAUGUUAUUAAUUAUAGUUUAUCUUAUUGCGACUUUAAAGGGACUAAUGAAAGUAUUUAGAAAAUUGGGCAGACUAGAUGGGCAGAAUGCUGUCACAUUCUAUGAUUCUAUGUUUUAUGUUUAAAGGGACCUUCUUAAAGCCUUUAACCUUAAUUCAACAUGUACAUGUAUUUCAAGUUAUACGUUUGUUCUACUAGGGCAAAAUAUUAACAUAUUCUCAGACUGCGUUAUCUAGCAGGGUUAUUCACUAAAGCCUUUUGUGUUUUUUGUUUUUUUUAUGAAAAAAAAGUGCACUCAUAUAAUGAGUGUGAAAAUAUCAAUAAAUGUACUUUAACGAUAUUGAAAGGAUCAGGCCACUUAAUCUCAUUGAAUUUGCAUGGAUGCAGUGUUUUUUUUGUUUUUGUUUUGUUAUAACCCUGCAAUGUAGAAAAAACAAAGUUUGCUUAAUGAAACAGUUUUGGUGUAUAGAUCAUGCCCCUGUAAUCUCACUGCUCAAUGUUUUUUACAGUGUUCCUUUAACAUGCAGUGCUGCAGUGCUCACAAAAGUUCCCAAAUCCCCAAGCAUUGAUAUGCAAAAACUCAAGUAAAAAAAGAUACGUAGUAUAUUUAAUAGUAUUUUACAUUUAUAAUUAUUUAAUCACUUUUAAAAACACAGUCAUGAAUGUAGAUCAGCUAGCAAUGUUCAUAAAUCAUGUUGGAUGCAAUGACCCACAUUCAUCCAUUAUAUCCCACCAAGUCUUCUUCUGAGACUCUCUCUCUUCUUUGUCCCAGGAAUAGGUGGAGGUUGGCCCCUUGGUGAAGGCUUAUAGCAGACCUUGAUAAAUAUGGCAAUCGUUUUGUGGUUCAAACUGCUCAACCACUUGACACAUCUUGUCCAAACUGGUCUUCCUCAGGUGUCUAAUCUUCAUCCCCUGGUACCUCCUUAUUUAUAGCAAUCUAAUUGAUGUCUCCUUGGCUGGUGUAUUGUGAUGGUAUAAUGCAGGAUGUAUUUAUUUUUAUUUCAGCUAUUUUGUUUCUAAUAUGUAUAAAUCAAUUAGAAUUCUUGUGGAAUUUCAACGUUAAUCUGAGAAAAUGGCUGGACAUCUACAGGCAGGGUUACACGCUUAACUAGAAAUUGUAGCAAAUUAAAAUCUGAGCGGCAAAUUUAAGCUAAAAUAAUGUUGGAUCUGUUUUCAGAUUUUAGCAAAUUAAUGGGUUCUACAACAGACUUUAAAAUAUACUUGGAUUUCUCAAAACUGCUCCUCUCCCUUCAAGGUGAGGAAGCAUGGUGCCAGGUGAAAAAUGUUCGUCGUCUAUCUAAACAUUAAACAUUCCCAUGCACUUUCCUAUUCUGAAUACUCUAUGUACUUCAUCAUCUCCCUCCAACAUGCUGUUAGUCUAAUUAGUGUAUUUUACAUAGAUGUGGAUGGAGGGAUCGCCUUGAAUCGGCAUCCAAAUUAGCGAGGGUCUGGGGUACUUACUGAUUACAAAACUAUCAAUUUGUGAUGUAUGUGAUAAAUUAUUAUCCCUUUGAUUUCUGCAUCCUAAGCGGCUAUUACCACUUUUCUGCACCAGAUGCUCCAGUCUGUCAUGGAAAUUAAUGGGUCAACCUGCUCUGAUUGAAUGCACAGACGUGCUAUCAGGUGAAGUGGAUCUUCUUGGAUUUACUGUACAUCAUUACAAUUAAACAAGGCUAAAAACACUGCUACCCCCUCCCCGCUCUAUCCCCUCCACUAAUUCUUUUUAAUCUCCUGUCCACAGCAAAAAGUUCCCCACUGUGAAAAGAGGUAUUUCUGCUGCUAAUUACCAGGGUUUGGUGGUAGCUGAGUCCACAUUCAAGCAGAAUUAUAUAUAACUGUCAAUGCCCAGAUAAACAGACUGUGAAAAAGCAGAUUAAUGUAAGUUUAGGUACAAGAUUCUAAUGACCUUUGUAAUUACAGUGACAGUGAACCUGGCUGUUACUAUCACUAACAUGUCAUUAGUAAAACACGCAGUGCGUAUAGCGCCAGCAAAUACCAUCGAGUACCAUGGUAAUGCAAUGCAUGCAAUAAAAUCUGUGGCCCCAAACACAUUACCAUGGGGUUUAUUCACUAGAUUUAGAGUUGUAGAAGAUGGAUAUCUGAAUUAUUAAACACUGGCUGAAUUGGAAAUGUUCUACAGCUAAGGUAUAAUCACAGCUCGGCCUAUUUUAGCUUACAUUUCAAUGUGCAACAAUUCAGAUUCUAGUUAAACCAGAAAAUAAAAGCAGACACUAUACAGUGAAGGAGGUGCUGCCAUUUAUAUGGAUCUGUCACUUUUCAGUAUUCCAUAAAUAUAGAAUCUUUAUGAAAUACUGAUUAAUACUGCGUUGGAAUUUCAUUGAAAUUGCAACAGAAUCCAAAAUACCAUAAGGGAAAGAAGGGGGUUCUUUAUUUUAUGGUAAAGCCUGAGGUUGACAAAAGGCAGAACUCUGCCUUCAACUUUUUUCAAAUCCCAGCAGUAUUCACAAAUGACGGUGUGGAUUCGGGCUUUGUCUGUCUAGGAUAUUGUGGUCUUGCGUGAUCUUCCAUAUACUUCAGUGCGGUAUUUUCCUGCAUGUGCCAGAGUAUAGCACGGAGGUGGUUACUGGCAACUGAAGCACCAGGAGCCAUAAAGGACCAGAGGCAUGAAGAUGUUGGCGGCCGCGAAAGACAGCUUGAUGUAAGUAAAACUCACCUCCCCUGCAGCCACAGUGCCCACACCAGAUCUGUCCAUUUUGGGGGUGUUUGUGAAAUAUGCAAAGUUGCCUGAAAUGACAGAUCUGCUUUAAGUUGCUAGAUCACGUUCCCUCUCCCCCGUUUAGCUGCCUACCAGACUUGUUUGUAGCAUAAAUGUUUGGAUACUCAUUAUCUGGUGAAACAUAAAAACAUUGAUUUUGUAUAUACAUAUGCCUGGAUAUCAUUGAACAAAAUUUUGAUAGUUGAUGGCGUGGGAUAGGCAUAAGGCUAUCCUAACUAUAAGAUAAGGCCAGGGACUAAUGAAAGUAUUUAGAAAAUUGGGCAGACUAGAUGGGCCGAAUGGUUCUUAUCUGCCGUCACAUUCUAUGUUUCUAGAAAUGCCUAAAUUUGGAACCACUAUGAGCACUAGAGGAGUGGUUUAGGCAUACUUUAUAUAACCACCAAUAGAUGGGGUGGAGGGUUCCCUUGGAACCUGUGUACCUAAUUUAUUGAAUUACACUCCACAGACACACCAACACUCACAAAUAUAUUCAAUAAAGUGUGAUUUAUCAGGAAUACAAGGUGAAUUUGUUGUUUUAGUCCAAAAUGGGCUAGGCUUGCUGUUAUUUCCCAAUUCCUGUGGAAUUUUUUUCAAUUUAGCCUUCGAAGCCUAAAACUUGAAAUUCCAUUUAAAAUCCUUAUAAUUCAUACUUUUGUGAAUUACCCAGGCAGAGAAGAAUUGUAUGUGAAAAAAUGUUGUCAAUUGCAAGAAUAGCAUGCAGGUAGGAACGAGACGAUGCAAUGGAAAGUUAGGGUUACGAGUGUAGGUGAAGGACACAUUUGGAUGUUGAAGACUAUAAGCUGUAAUUCUGGGAGGCUGUCCUUGGUAAAUAACCAUAUCUUAGCGGCAUGAUUAAUUUUCCUAUAAUACAUUUAUGUGUAUGCAUAAAGCAUAGUCUGGGUCCUCGUUAAAAAUAGUAAUCUUAGGGAGGAUGAGUGUAGCAUAGGAUAUAUAGAGAGUUGAAAGGAUUUCUGCAGAAGUUCUCUUGCCAAGAUGGGAGAUAAUGAGGCAAGUUAUAUGUAUUUGAUAGCAAAAGGGCAGGAGUUGAAUUAACAGGGAAAAUAUUGGGAAAACAGAAAGCACAAUUAAUUUAAUAUAUUACCCUGAUGAUUAUUAUAAUUGCAUUCCAUUACACAUAAUAUUUAUACAUAAUGGUGAAUAGAUUACACAGAUGGACUUGCUGCAUGUACUAUCAGAAUUAGAUAUCAAAGAGAUACUGUAGUCACCCAAAAACUUUAGCUUAUUGAAGCACUUUUUAUGUAGAGAUCAUGCCUUUGAAGUUUCACUGCUCAAUUCUCUGCCAUUUAGGAGUUAAAUCACUUUGGUUCUGUUUUUGCAGCCCUAGCCACACCUGCUCCAUUAAGCUAAAGUUGUUUUGGUGACUAUAGCGUCCCUUGAACCCCUUAAGGACCGUGGACAUUUGAGGUACGUCCGACAAAAAAUGGUCCUUAGGGUCUGCGGUAAAUUUGAGCGCCGUGAUCGCUUCCAGCCGCUCUAAGGGUAUUAGACGAUGCCUCCGGAGCGAUAAUUUCCGGGUUGCCGCAUGUGGCGCCCCGGCAGUGUAGGCAAGAGCAUCGGAAGCCUUCAGGCAGGCUUCCGAUGCUCUGUUUGUACUGAGUGCCUCGAGGGAUCGAGGCACUCAGUUAAAAUAUAUAUAUUUUUAAAUUAAAUUUAAAAAAAUUUACCCUCUCUCCCCAUGUACUUACUGAUUGCCGUCAUUCCCCCGCCUGCAAUUGGUCUUCUUCUGAGGGGGACUGUCUGGGCUCAGACAUUUCCCCGAACAUAGAUUAGAGGGAUUCCCUGCCCUGGUGCAUUCAUCUAUGUUUGGGGGGCAGUUUCCCCGAAAAUAGACGAACGCACCAGAGAAGGGAAUCCUUUAACUCCUCACUUACUGACCAAUUCAUUCUAUGACUGGGUCAUAGGAACGGAACACGGUCUGUAAAUGAGGAGUGUCUGUAUUAUAUAUGUAUAAUAUAUUAUAAAAUAAUAAAAGCAUUUUAUAAUAUAUUAUACAUAAAUAAUGCAUAUAAAUGAUUUCAUUAUAAGUGUACUAUUAUAUACACAAAUAUCUCAAAAUACACUUAGAAUGAAAUCAUAUAUAUGCAUUAUAUAUUUAUAAUAUAUUCUAAAUUGCUUUCAUUAUAAUAUAUUAUACAUAUAUAGGAAAUAAAAGUGUAGGUGUAGGAACCUAUAUAGGAAAUAUUUAUACACAAAUAAAAACACAUGUAUUAUAUGUGUGUGUGAGUGUUUGUGUGUGUAUAUAUAUAUAUAUAUAUAUAUAUAUAUACAUUUAUAUAUAUAUAUAUAUAUAUAUACAAAAGGAUGAUUCUUGGCACUCACCCUUUCAUACAAAUCAUCCAAUUUUUUGCCUAGGUGCAAUCCCACAUUGAAGAUAUAUAAACUGGGUUAUCUACAUUUGAAAAUGGUAUGCCAUGAUGGGGUUAUUUCACAUUCCUGGGCUACCAUAUGGUCUCAAAAGGCAACACGGACCCAGCAAACCAAUCUGGCAAACUGAAUUGGGCAAGCCCUAUAUUGACCCUGUACCUUUUCAAAACACCAUAAAACCUGUACAUGGGGGCUAUUGUUAUACUUGGGAGACUUCGCUGAACACAAAAAUGGUUGCAUGAAAAGAGUCAAAAUACCCCAAAUUUAAUACCUUAGGUUGUCUUUUAAAAAAUUUAUACAUGUAAAGGGUUAUUCAGGGAUUCUUGACAGAUAUCAGUGUUACAAUGUAACUUGCGUAAAUUUUGCGUUAAUUUUGAAAAAAAAUGGUUUUGAAAUAGCAAAGUGCUACUUGUACUUAUUGCACUAUAACUUUCCAAAAAAGCUUAGAACAUGUUAACAUUGGGUAUUUCUAAACUCAUGACAAAAUUAAGAAACUAUUUAGCACGGGUGUUUUUUGGCGGUUGUAGAUGCGUAACAGAUUUUGGGGGUCAAAGUUAGAAAAAGUGUGUUUUAAUUCAUCUUGUUUUAUAAAAAAUUUUUUUAUAGUAAAUUAUAUGACAUGAUGCAAAUAAUGGUAUCUUUAGAAAGACCAUUUAAUGGCGAGAAAACCGGUAUAUAAUAUGUGUGGGUACAGUAAAUGAGUAAGAGGAAAAUUACAGCUAAACACUAACACCACAGAGAUGUAAAAAGAGCCCUGGUCCUUAACGGUAAGAAAAUUAAAAAAACUUAGUCUGGUCACUAAGGGGUUAAAGUGAAUUCAAAAUGAAUUUCAACUUUAAGGUCAGAAUAGCUGAACUAAAGGUAUAGCUGACCUAGAGAAUCUUUGUUCGGUUAUUUUGACCUGAAAUUGGAAAUUCACUUGAAAUGCUCACUUUAGUAAGUAGCACUGUAUAUGUUCAUAGUGAAUUCCUGACAUUUUUUUACAAUAUGUAUUCCCAUUAUUCACAUUUAUAUGUAUACUCGUACGCUAUAUAUACACAUAUUUAACACUGUGAAUAUCUCUACAAUGUGUCCUGUAUCAAAGAUCCAGAUGUUUGAUAUCCUGUGACAUUAGAACGUGACAUACCUAGUAUGGGCAAUGUUGAAUGUGCAGAAUGCCAAAGACCACAUUCGCAAUACGGCGAUAAUGUGUGCCAGAUUGGCCACAACUGUGUAUUUGUUUUUUUUAUCUUUUAUAUUCAGUUCAAGAGAACAAAACAUAAUUAUAUGAUAUCAUCAUGUAAUUUUUUUAUUUUUUUUAUUUAUUCUUUAUUUAACAGUUAGCAUUGGCAUAGCAUGUUGAUGUUCAGAGGUAAUAAUCAUAUCCGUUACAGGCAUAACAUUCACAUCCCAUAUCAAACCCCCCAUCCACACUAGGGCAGACUGCCUCUCCACUCCUAUACCCCACUGUGUAUAGCUCCGAGUCCGUGAAUUGCUCAUGAGUCCCCCCGGUUCUCCCGCUCUCGCUUUCCUUGCCAAUGCCAGUUUUCUUAUUUUAACCAAACAUGAGAUAUACAGACAGAAACAAUAGACCAAAAAAAAGAACACAACAAAUACAACAACCAUGUUUGUCUCUAACUAUCAUCAUGUAAUUUUACCUUGCGGUCUACUAGCUGCACUCUAUUAACCGUGAGAUGGAUGCAUGCAUUAGGAUCAUCUCAACUGCAUCCCCUCGAUAGAUAGUGACCCCCCACUUCAGUCACAGACUAAAUCUAUUCUGGAAAUGCAACUCCUCUGCUUCCUGCAUCUCUCCCUAGCCUGCCUCCAAACAGAUUAACAGAUUAACUAAUUGCCUUCUGUGCUUUCCUAGUAACUCAAUCACUGAAUUGCAUAACUUCCAUAAUUUCAAACAGACGAAGAAGGACAUUUUAAAUUUAGGAGUGUGACGAGAGGCAGGGCUUUUCAGAGACGUUUUAGGUGUCUUACUAAUAAUUUAUGCAACUAUAAUGUUAUUUACAACAAGAACAAUGUAUCUUGUGAUGUGUCUUCCAUCAAAUGUUCAGCAGAUUGUGACACUCUGACAUUAGAAUGUGACCUACAGCCUUAAGUCAUUAAGCGCCCUGUGCGAAUAAAGUCCACAGUGCCCCUCCCUGGUCACACCUGCUCAUCCAUGUAUAGUGUGCCUAUGGGGGUGUAGUGUAAUAGCGACUUUAUUAAAGUACUAAUUAUUAGAAAAACAAAUAUUCAUUACCCCUCCCCCAUUGUUACCUUGCAGAGAGGGGGGCAUGCUGAUCUCUGGUGGUCCAGGGUGCUGGAACUCAGAUCUGUGCCCCUGCCUCUGUGUGUGAUAUUUAUUUUAGGUAUAUUUACUGUGCGCGAUAUUUGUGAUGGGUAUUUAAUACAGAUUUUCUUUUAAAUGCAUGUAGGCCCAUGUGUGAAUGCAGGUGUGUAUUUUUGCAGUGUCACACAGUCACAGGCAGACAGUCACACACAUACAUACAGGCAGUCAGUCACUCACAGUUACAGGCAGUCAAUCACACACAGUUACAGGCAGUCAGUCACACACACACACACAUAGUCACAGGCAGACAGUUACACACAGUCACAGGCAGAAAGUCACACACGGUCACAGGCAGACAGCCACACAGUAUCACAGGCAGACAGUCACGCACACAGUUGCAGGCAGAGUCACACACACACACACACACACACAGAGUAACAGGCAGAAAGUCACACACACACAGUUAGAGACAGUCACACACAGACCAUCACAAACAGUUAGUGACAGUCACAGGCAAACGGUCACACACACAGUCACACACAGACACAGUGCAGGCAGAGUCACACACAGUUACAGGCAGACACAUGCAGUCACACACAUUUAGACACAGUCACAGGCAGACUGUCACACACACACACAGUCACAAGCAGACAGUCACACACACACACAGUUACAGGCAGCCACAUACACAUUCACAGGCAGUUAAUCACACACAGUUACAGGCAGUUACACACACAGUUACAGACAGUCACACACACAGUCAUAGACAGACACACAGUCACAGGCAGACCAACACACACACACACACACACACACACACAGUUACAGGUGGACAGUCACAGGUAGACAGCCACACACAGUCACCGGCAGACAGUAACAGACAAUCACAGGUAGACAGACACACACACACACGCAGACAGUAAAAAAUUUUCAUUAUAAGGAGAGAGGUGGAGGCAGUGCAGUCACUGUAGUUAUUGGGGAAGCAUGGACUCCCUCCUGACGCCCCCUCAGUAGUUAGCAAACCUUAGCCGGCAGCAGGUGUAGGCAGAAUAUAGUUCCACCCCCUGCUAUCCAUUUAGCUUUGAACCUGCAGCGUAUUUACUUACUUUUCACAGGUAGCUUAUGGAAUCAUGCCACUGACUGCACUAGCAUUUGCUUGCCCCAGUGUGUGCGAGCUAUGUCUGUCACCCCUUAUGUUGGCCCUGGUGACAUACUUGGUCUGUGCAUUUAUGUCACUUUAAAAAGAGAACUAGUUGGCUAGUGACUUGUCAUUGCCAUCCUUAGUAGUGGGAUACCAUGGAGCAAAAGUGAAAAAAGACUCAAACUGUGGUUUGCAUGUGUGGGGAUGCUCCCUGUGGUGUUGUAUGUGUUUGGCGGUUGUUUGUGUGAUUGCAUGUCUGUAGAGGAGACUGUUUAUGCUGUAGUGUGUAAAGGGGUCUGUUUGUGGUGUACUAAAUGUAGCCAGGGGCUCUAGUGUGUGGGUGUGUUUCUGGGCUGUAAAUUAUGUGUGUAUGUGUGUGUGCAUGUUUAUAGGGCAUUUAGAGUGUGUGGGCCUAGAGGGUUGUUGCGUCUGCAUGUAAUGGCUGUAAUGUGUGUGUAUUUCAGGGCUGCAGAGGUUUUCAAUUGUGUGUGUGUAUAGUUGCAGUAAUAUGUGUGGGGCUUAGUGUGCAUGUUUGUAUCGGGGGUUUAGUGUGUACAUAGGGGACAUAGAGGGUCGAUAGGGGUAGAGUGGGUGCACAGGCGGUGUAGUGUGUGUGUAUAGGGAUAUAGUCUAUGUGUAUAGUGGUAUAGUGUGUGAGUGCAAUGGGGGUGUAAUGUGAGUUUAUAGGGGGUACUGAGUGUGUGUUGUGCAUUUGUGUGUGUGUCAAGAGGGUGUAAUGUGAGUGUUUAUAGACAGUAUAGAGUGUGUUUAGUGUGUGAGUGAAGUGUAUAGGGGAUAUAGAGUGUGUGUGAGGACAAGGGGUGUAGUAUGGGUUUAUAGACGGUAUAGAGUGUGUGUAGUGUGCGUUUAUAGACUGUAUAGAGUGUGUGUAGUGUGUGUGUGUAAGUGCAGAGGAUGUUGUGUGUAUAUAGGGGUAUAGAGUGUGUGUAAGUCUGUGCAGGGGUUGUUGUGUGUGUAUAUAUAUAUAUAUAUAUAUAUAUAUAUAUAUAUAUAUAAAGAGGUAUAAAGUGUGUAUAUUGUGUUUACAAGGUGCAAGGGGUGUAGUGUGUGUGUGUGUGUGUGUUUGUAGUGUGUUCAGGGGGUGUAGUUUGUGUAUAUAAGGGAUAGGGGCUUAAAUAAACAAUUUGCUAAUUUAAUUUAAAAAAACAACAACAUGUAUACAUUUACUCUCUCCUCCCCUUAUUACCUUGCCGAGGGAGAGGGAGCACGCUGAUGAUGAUCCCUGGUGGUCCAGUGAUGUGGUCUGUACCUCUGCAGGGCACAGACCAUGUCUCUCUCGUGAGAGCCGAGUUUCAGAGUGCUGUCAUGGCUUAACGUCAGAGCUUGUGAAAGGGAGAGACAGAGACUGCCAGCCAUACAGCCCAGAGGCACUUUACCUUGGUGUCCCAAUUCCCUUCCGGCCCAUGAGAAGACAGAACUGUUCAGACCCUCUCUGUUAGCGCCAGUGCUGCUCUGCUUGGGCUGACAGGGGAGAUCUUUUUAUCGUCCCUGCCAGCCUCGGCCCCUGCCCAUCGAGGCCCCCAGGCAUUUGCCCAGUUUGCACAAUGACCAGUCUGGGCCUGACUGUAAGCAUUGUUGCUGUGGACUCUGUUAUACACACAGACACACCAACAAUAUGGAGCUCAUAGAAAAGAGGGAUAUUAGGAUAAAAAAGUGGGAUAAUUUAACUACUGACAUGGGGUCUGCUUGGCACGGUCACUUCCUCUAUGUAGAGCCAGAACCUCAAGCAUGGAGGGCUAUGCAGGGCCAGCUCAUUAACUGAGAGUGUUAGUUGAUAACUCUCAGCCAAUGAACUAAGCCAUGCACUGUUUGACUUAGCUUAAUGUAAAGAACUUUGGCUGUCAUGGACGAGGCGACCUGUGCACAGAGAACCCCAGUUAAAGAAGUCAAACUGUUAACAAACCCCUGUAGUGGUUGUGGUGUUUGGAGUGUUCCUUUAAAUUCCUUUUCUGUACCUAUUCCAGUAAUCUAUACCCUCUUAUCUCAUCCUUGAAACAUUUGUCAGCCUUGUUUUUUCACUUUCUCUUCUCUGACAUUCCAUCUGUAAUCCCUGGUGAUUUCAAAAUCCCUGUUGAUACCCUAACCAGAUCUGAAACAUCCAAACUGCUUUCUAUCACUCCCUUCUUUGGUUUUAUGUAGUAGACUAACACCUUACUCGUUAUCCUGGUAACGCUCUUGAUCUAAUCUUCCAUAAUCAGUUUUUAGUCUCUGAUACAGCAUUUCCACUCUAUCAUUACCAUCUGGUAACCAUCAUAAUGUGCUCCUCAUCCAUCUACAUAUGCUUAACCUGCCGUAAUCUAGAAGCAACUUUUACUUCCUUGAUACACAGCAUUCCGUCAUUGACCUUCAACUUCUAAUUUCAUCCAUCUAAGCCUUCUCCUAUUUGAACUUAGUUACCCUGUUUCGAACUCCACCUUCUCAAAUAGGUUCCCUCUGCUCAUAUACAUUUAAAAGCAACCCCCUGACAUUUUAUAUUUGAGGGCCACAAUUAUUACAAGUAGCCAGGCAUCGGAUGAGAGACUGGGUCAUAUAUUAAGUGAUUGUACAUUUAUACACUACUGCACCCAAGGCUUAAUCCUGGUAUAAAAGGGAGUUUAUAGGACCCUGAUCUUUAUUGUUUAUCCCCUCCAAACAUAGCUGAUGGUAUGGGGGGAUAACCGAGGAGAUCUCCUUGUGGAUAUUCGGUCCAUUCGGUCACUUAGAUUUAUUCAAACUGAAGAGCGUAAACUUGCACAGAAAAAAUGGUCGUUAGGUAAUGGAAGUUAAAACAUAACUUUUAAUUUAAUCCAAUAAAAAACUGUCUGAAACACUCAGAAGCAAAGGUAAGAACGGGUCUGCAAAAGGCAACCAAAAAUAAUUAGAAAAAAAUAUAUAUAUAUAUAAGAUAAAGAAAUAACGUAUAUACAAGGGAAAUGAUUAUGAAAUACUGAAGUCACGGUCUACAUAGAUCUAAAUUCAUUAGGCAAACCCAGCAUAAAAAGCACAGUUACUUCGUCUCAAUGAGUAUAAAACUGAAUUAGGUAUAAUUUAUUCUUAGCAUGUCACACAUUACACAAGAGUGAGAACAUUUAACCAUCACAAUUGCUGUUAUUGGCUUGUCAUGUACUGGCUGUGCUGGCUGUUUUGUGGUUUUUGGUAAUUGGCAGCUUUUAUGGGAAGUGUGGCACUUAGUAUAAAAAUAUUAAAUAGGUUCUCUCCUAUUCAUCUAAAAGUCUUUUUGCCAAAAUGACCCACAGAUAAUAUUCUGAGCUUAUCAAACAGAACACUUUUUAUUUUCAUCUGAGCGGCUAGUUUUUGAAUGGUCUUCAUUUUGAACGCAGUACUUAUCAGUUUUUGUCAUCAGGAAGUUCAUAAAUAUCAUCUAAAUAUCAUGAGUUAUUGAGUCAUAUCAUCUUUACAACCACUGUGUAUUCGUUUUAACAAAACAAUAACCAGCUAAAGGCCAGAAGUUAGGUAAAUGCCUCUAUAUAAUGUCAUUGACCCUUACGGGGUUAAGAAUAUAUAUAAUAGUUUUUGGAUGGUUAGAAAAUAUUUUUUUUUUUGUCAAUUCUCUUGUAUUAAUAUGUUUUUACUAUUGUAAUAUAUUUGUUUUCUGUUAUAAUCUUGUUCUUUAAGUGGUAGCAAAAUUUGGAAUGCAUGAAUCUGAGUUCCCUAUGCCACAUUGGUACAUUGGUAUAUCUAUCUGAGUUGUGUGUGGAAGGCCACACUAUAGGGUCUAUUAACUAGUUAGUGAAUUGUGGUGAAUUUGUAGAAAGAAUUAGGAUAAAAUAGCCAGGAUACAAAGAGAGCUGCAUUGAAUAAUUUUUCCUGACCUAUUUUGGCAUUGUUCAUGCAAUAUUCAUUUUGGUUAUUUUUGUAAGACAAUAAAAUUCCAUAAAAAAUAAUUAGUCUUUCACUAUUGUAGAGAUUUGAAAUAGUUCAGAUUAAAUUAUGCUUUAAUGUUUAUUUGAUGUGUACAUAGCUUACAUGCUUUCAUCCAAAUUGUCUUCCAGUGACUGUAGACAUGCAAGCAAUAUGCACAAAACAAUAACACAAAAAACACAGUUUAUAGUGAGUCAAUUCUAACAUAUAUGCUAUUUGUGUCUCAGGUUUGUGCUAUUCAGGUGAAGAACACUGGUCAGAUGUAUGCUUGCAAGAAGCUAGAUAAGAAACGUUUGAAGACGAAAAAUGGUGAGAAAAUGGCCCUGCUCGAAAAGGAGAUUCUGGAGAAAGUUCAUAGUCCCUUUGUGGUGUCCCUGGCCUACGCGUAUGAGACUAAGAGCCACCUGUGCCUAGUGAUGAGCCUCAUGAAUGGAGGGGACCUCAAGUUUCACAUUUACAAUGUGGGAGAAAAGGGCUUGGAGAUGAAGCGAGUGAUCUUUUACUCUGCCCAGAUCUGCUGUGGAAUUCUUCAUCUUCACUCCCUGAAAAUUCUCUACCGGGACAUGAAACCAGAAAAUGUCCUUCUAGAUGACGAUGGCAAUUGUCGUUUAUCUGACUUGGGACUUGCUGUUAAAGUCAAGGAAGGAACACCUAUUAACCAUAAGGUAAGUACUGUGCUUAUUUACAAUGGUGAGGUUUCUGAGAGCAGAAGCGAAGAGGGGUCUGAGCUAUUGCUCAUUGUAUAAUAAGAACACAUCUUAAUUCCUCAGGAUUUGGCCUUCGCUAAGGACCUUAUGUGGCUAUUUAAUUUUAAAGGCAGAUGGUAAGGAGAUUUCCCAAUUAACUCUUUCAGAGCUACUUAACCAUUAGUUUACAUAAUGCAUGUGAUUAAGAUGUUUGAGACUUUGUGUAUGUAUACAAAUUAACCUUUUUUGCACUUUGUAUGAAACAAGUUCACUGAAUGUAAAAUGUCGCAUUUGUGAAAUAAAUUUGUAUAAAUACAUCAGUUUACGCAAAACCAAUUCUGAACUCAAAGUACUGCUCUGUGACUUUACAUUAAUUGGUAAAUCCUAGGUUAAGAGGACAUCAUUUCAUGAGACACUCUUGAUGCUCUUUAUAAUCAGUGCAACAGUAAUUAUUAUUUUUGGAUAUUUUUUUUAAAAAAGAGCAAUUGGAUUAUGUCGUACCGUAUAGUAGUAUUACUGGGAUACAAGAUGAUGUUUAACAUGCAUUACAUAAAAGUUAACAUAACAAACAUAGAGAGCCGUGCUUAGAAAAGAUUACAGUCUAGAACAAAGUGGGCUAAUAGAGACAGAAGAUAAGGGGGCUCUAUGGAAGACAAAGACAAACUGUAAUGGGAUGUGAUACCUAAAGCAGUGUAACAAAGAAAUUCUUAUCAAAAUGUAGGCUUCAAUGGCAUCCUGAGCAGUUCAGUUCCCUGGGGACCUCCGUAGGCACUCGGUCUGACUGUUGUAACUUGGUGUGGUUCUUUUCUGCUCAGUCUGUAAUCUAGAACGUUGCGUGACUGUAGUCAGUGCUUUGAAAAAGAGGAGUGAAGACACGACUAAGGUAUUCCCUUGCAUAGACAGAUAACAAGUCUGGUAGUUUGGCUUCUCGGGUUUUAAAUACAGUGUUUUCUGAGUCUUACCCAGCAAACAUAUAUUUGGGCAUUUCCAGUCAAUGAGUAUCCAUUAAGAAUAAAAAUACUUUGCUAACAUCUCUGUCCCUAUGGAUCAAAAUGAUUUCAAAACUCAGGUAAGUGGUUUGAGAGGGGUGACUGAAUGUAUCACCCGAAGGCUUUAUUAUUUGAUUAAUUAUUAUUUUCUCAAGUACAAAAGUAAUGAGUACACAAGCUGAUUUUUAGACACAUUUAGUGGAGCCCUGUAUCACACUCAUAUAUUAAAGACAUUCUAAGCUGUAAAUGUGGAACACCAAGGUAGGAAAGAUGAGAUGGACAUUGGAUUUGGUUUAGAAGGACUGUCAUUCCAUGCUUAAGGACAACCUCUUGGGAGAUGUAGCAUAGUACCAUUUAGAGAAAGGCAAAAAGGAUGGUCGAGACUAUUGUGUUCCCUGGGAUUAAAUCUGCAUCCAGUAGAAAGUACAGUUUUAGCUCAAGGGUAGUAGUUAUUCUCUCCCUCCCACCACCCAUCCCCGGUUGCUGAAAGGGGUUAAAACCCCUUCAGUGACUUACCUGAGACCCCCUCCUCCUCUUCAUUAUGUCAGCAGGCGGGGGAGACUGAACCACCCGCCAGCUGAGGAGACCUAAUGCGCAUGCGCGGCAAUGCCGCGCAUGCACAUUAGAGCUCUCCAUAGGAAAGCAUUGAAAAUGCUUUUCAAUGCUUUCCUUUGGGGAACUGAGCAAUGCUGAAGGUUCUCACACAGCGUGAGGAUGUCCAGCGACGCUCUAGCACAGAAAACCUGUGAUAUGAAGCAGGAAGUGCCCUCUAGUGGCUGUCUAAUAGACAGCCACUAGAGGAGGAGUUAACUCUACAAGGUAAUUAUUGCAGUUUAUGAAAACUGCAAUAAUUACAGUUGCUGGGUUAAGGGUAGUGGGAGUUGGCACCCAGACCACUCCAAUGGGCAGAAGUGGUCUGGGUGCCUGGAGUGUCCCUAUAAGAAAUGUGGAUUUUUUUAUCACAGUAUUUUGCGCUUAAAAAGACCUUUGUCUGUGACUAGACCUUGCAGAUAUAUAUUUACCAUCUCCACGUGCUUUUAUAAACUCUAACUUUCAAACUAUGAAUUCCAUCUUUACAAACAGGGUAAGGCAAAUAGAAAACCACUGAGCAACGGCUUCAAGGGAUCAUUGGCUAUAGUUUAUGAGGCACAUGGAAUCCAUCCAACAGAUGACAAAAAAAUCAAUCAAUAAAUUGAAAAAUCAAAUAUGUCAAGCAGCUUGGGCUUCCUGCAUUUGUGUGGCGCUUGAGUUUCUAUACAUUAAUCUGGCCCCACCUGGUGGCUUACCAAUAAACAAAACACUUGAUUUCUCUGGAGCUCCUGAGUCAACAUAUGAUCUAAUGUAGCAAAUAAACCACUAUGUACAUUUUCCAUAGUCUCUGUAUAUCAUCAUUAGCCCAAGCCAAAAUACACAAUGUAAGUAACAUAGAAACAUAGAAUGUGACGGCAGAUAAACACCAUUUGGCCCAUCUAGUCUGCCCAAUUUUCUAAAUACUUUCAUUAGUCCCUGCUGUUAUCUUAUAGUUAGGAUAGCCUUAUGCCUAUCCCACGCAUGCUUAAACUCCUUUACUGUGUUAACCUUUACCACUUCAUCUGGAAGGCUAUUCCAUGCAUCCACUACCCUCUCAGUAAAGUAAUACUUCCGGAUAUUAUUUUUAAACCUUUGUCCCUCUAAUUUAAGACUAUGUCCACUUGUUUUGGUUGUUUUUCUUCUUUUAAAUAUAGUCUCCUCCUUUACUGUGUUGAUUCCCUUUAUAUAUUUAAAUGUUUCUAUCAUAUCCCCCGGUCUCGUCUUUCCUCCAAGCCAUACAUGUUAAGAUCCUUUAACCUUUCCUGGUAAGUUUUAUCCCGCAAUCCAUGAACCAGUUUAGUAGCCCUUCUCUGAACCCUCUCUAAGGUAUCAAUAUCCUUCUGAAGAUACGGUCUCCAGUACUGUGUACAAUACUCCAAGUGAGGUCUCACCAGUGUUCUGUACAAUGGCAUGAGAACUUCCCUCUUUAUACUGCUAAUACCUCUCCCUAUACAACCAAGCAUUCUGCUAGCAUUUCCCGCUGUCUGCCUACCUCUAAGUCAUCAGAAAUAAUCACCCCUAAAUCCCUUUCCACAAAUGUUGAGGUUAGGACUCUAUCAAAUAUUCUGUGCUCUGCCCUUGGGUUUUUACAGCUUAUCCACAUUAAAUGUCAGUUGCCACAACUCUGACCAUUUUUCUAGUUUGCCUAAAGCAUUGCCGUUUGGCUUAUCCCUCCUGGAACAUCAACCCUGUUACAUAUCUUAGUAUCAGCAAAAAGACAUACCUUACCAUCAAGACCUUCUGCAAUAUCACUAAUAAAAAUAUUAAAGAGAAUGGGUCCAAGUACAGAUCCCUGAGGUACCCCACUGGUAACAAGUCCAAGCUUUGAAUAUAUUCCAUUAACUACAACCCUCUGUUGCCUGUCACUCAGCCCCUGCCUUACCCAUUCCUAUUGGAAUCCAAACUUAAAGAUUGCAAUUUAUUGAUAAGCCUUCUAUGUGCAACAGUGUCAGAAGCCUUACUGAAAUUUAGGUAAGCAAUGUCUACUGCACCAUCCUGAUCUAUUAUUUUUGUUACCCAAUCAAAAAAUCAAUAAGAUUAGUUUGGCAUCAUCUCCCUGAAGUAAACCCAUGUUGUCUUAGAUCUUGAAAUCCAUGUCAUUUUAGAUGUUCAACAAUCCUAUCCUCUAACAUGGUUUUCAUUACUUUCCCCACAACUGAAGUAAGGCUUACUGGCCUAUAGUUGUCCAACUCCUCCCUACUACCUUUCUUGUGAAUGGGCACAACAUUCGCUAAUUUCCAAUAUCCUGGGACUACUCCUCGUAACAAGUAGGUCUCCACAUUUAUAUUCCACUGAAUGCUUGCACAGUGCAGCUUCUAGUUCUGUCCCAUAAACAUGUGUUCCUCUUAUUCUGAGGUAACAUAGCUGAAAGAUGGUAAUUUGUUAUGUGUUCUGAUGUUUUAGCCUAUGCACAAGGUCAGUAAAUGUAAAAUAUAAGAUGGCACAGUUUGUUUGGAUAUGUUUAUUCACAAUGUACAGUAAUUAGACAUGGAUGGCUGAUAACAAGAUGGGACUUGCUUUUCAGCAAUUCCAAAAGAGUAUGAAUCAAAUUUUCAUCCCGCUAUUAAACAUUAACUCUUCUUUCUCAUUUUAUGAAUAUAUUAAGAUUAUACUAUUAAUGCCUUCUUCUUUUGAGUGCAUAAUGUGAAUAAAUUUUUUUAUUUUUUUUAAACAAUUGCUUGUUGAAUAAGACAUUAAUUUGACUUGGGCACAAGCUCUGGUUCACUAUUUGGGAUACCAUGAAAUCUCCUCUUAAAAACUCUAGCAGGGCAUACUCUCUGCCAAGAACCCUCUGGUCAAUCACGGUGUGGCCAAAUUGAGUUUGCAAUGGUGAAGGACUUCCCUGGUACCCUGGUAUUUACUGGAAUAUUAUUUUGCAAACUUUGAAAUGUGGAGAAAUUAAAGAGAAUUUGCAAGUUUAAAGCCCAAACCAAUUUUUUUUUUUUUUUUUUUUUAAAUGGUAAAAUUAUCUAGUUGAAAAAUAAUUGUUUCCAGCUGUCUUAAAUCUGGUCAAUUCUUUACAAUUCCUAGAAUGGUGCAUAAACCCUAAGAGGAGAUCAAAUUGUGGUGGGCAUCAAAAUGGGUCUUUGCCUAGGUUGAUUUAAAUCAUUACACCACCCUGACUUUUGGACUGCUUCCUAAAUGUCUAUAGGUAGAAUAGAUAUCUAUUGGAGAAAUAGAAACCUAAAUCUACAGAGUUUCAGUCUGACCACUUGACCACGGGAACAAUUAAGCCUUAAUCAAGACAUGGCUGUAAAUCUUCUCUUCUCUCUUUGCUAGCCUAUCGAUAUGACAUGGUCUAAUGUACAGUAAAGAUAUAGUAAAAAAUUCCUAAAACAAAUUGGUGCCACAAUCACCUGUGUGGGCCACACCACCACAAAUAAAAUAAGUGAUAUAAUAAAAUACAACAAUGGUGAGAGCACUCAAGAAUAAUAUAAAUUUUACCCAAACUCUGUCAAUCAAUCUGGAACAUUAAAACAGAAGAGAAAGACAUAGGUAAAUUAGUUUAAACAGAAUAUGUGUGUAACAAUUAAUGGUCUCACUCACAUAUACAGAGCCACUUAAAAGCUGGCUCAAACUUCAGGCUUGAAAAACAGUGGAAAACAGGACUUCACAUGGGAACUUCCAAGGUUUCUGUAGCUAGUACCCCCAAUUUCAUUCAGGACGCCAGAAUGAAGGUGGUUACAAAUAAAAUUUAUUGAAAUAAAUAAACAGAAUAUAAUGCCUCGGAAAAUAAGUCCCUUAAAAAGUAAGUCCAGUCUCUCUCGCCUUCAUCCGGAGUAUUUCCACUGUUGUAAAUCUCCACUUUAUAUACCGGAGAUAUUGGCGCCUUUUUCAAUUUUAAUUGCCGUUCUUCCGCUUCCUGUUGCGUCCUAUGCGUCAUGACGUCAGCCGGCGUCCUUAUGUUACGACGUUGUUUGCUUCCGGAUUUUUUCCCCUUUCUCCGGAACACAAACGUCAUUCUGUUCAGACCGAUGUCUAACCGGCACAUGCGUACUUAUACUUUCAAGUACUGAAUUUACAUAAUACACAUAAAAAAGCAUUAUGAUAAACAAAAUAAUACAUGAAAUACUAAAAUAAAGUUACAAUUACUAAUAUUAAAAACAAUUAGGAGAACAUCAGAGAAGACAUUAAACAAUGCAUAAUCAAAGGAAUGAAUAAUAUCCAUAUACAAACUCUAAAAAAUGAAAAACUCUUAUAAUAAAACUUUCAAGACCACAUAUAUAUAAAAUAUAGUUUAAUACAAUUAAAUCAAUAAGAUAUAAAUAGUAGCAAAUUGAAUUAAAAUAUAAAAUAAAUAAUAAAAAUAAAAAAUAAAAAAUAAUAAAACCAAAAGAAAAAAGGGGAAAAGGCAUUAUUAAAUAAAUGAAUGUAUUUCAAAAUCAACAUUUAAUCCUUUUGGGGCUAAUGUGUCCAAUUCAAACAUCCACUUCAUUUCAGUUAAACUUAAAGUGCGAUCUUUAUCCCCACCUCUCCAGUGGAUAUAAAUUUUAUCAAUGCCCAAAAAAUCAAUGCCUUGAGGAUCCCCAUUAUGAAAGUCUAAAAAGUGUUUGGAUACACUGUGGUUAAUAAACUUUCUUUGAAUAUUGUAAAUAUGUUCUCUUAUCCUUAUUUUUAGGGGGCGUGAAGUCUUUCCUAUAUAUUGGUACCCGCAUUUGCAUGUUAAUAAAUAAAUUACAUCCUUCAUUUGACAUGUGAUAAAAGAAUGUAUAGGGUAUUCUUUUUUUGUAACAAAGGAAGUACAUUUCUCUAUUUUCUUUUUACUAUUGGACCUGAAACUACAACCCCUACAGUUACCACAGUAAUAAAAACCUUUGCUAGUCUGUAAAAAAUUCUUUUCAGGUUUAAUUUUAUCCUAAUCUAAAAAACUUUUAGUUAAAAUUUGUUUAGAAUUUCUGGCCCCUCUAAAAAUAAACCUUGGUUUUUGGUCUAAGAAUGGGAGUAUUUCAUAAUCCUCUUUUAGCAAGUCCCAAUGUUUAUUAAUUAUUUUCCUCAAUGCAUAAUUAUUAUAACUAAAAUUAAAAAUUAACGGGAUUUUUUCUUCUUUAUUUUCUUCUGAGUGAGACCAUUAAUUGUUACACACAUAUUCUGUUUAAACUAUAUUAUCCUAUGUCUUUCUCUUCUGUUUUAAUGUUCCAGAUUGAUUGACAGAGUUUGGGUAAAAUUUAUAUUAUUCUUGAGUGCUCUCACCAUUGUUGUAUUUUAUUAUGACAUGGUCUAAGCUCGUUUAUUACAAUAUACAUUCCACAUGCAACAGUUAUGCAACUGUUGAAUAACUAUGCCUGGUAUACUUAUACUUUGCUUGUAAGUGCUGAAAUUUGUUUACCAAUGUCUUCUUUUUAAUUGUAUGUCAUAGGCAGGAACUAAUGGAUACAUGGCUCCAGAAAUCCUAAAGGAUGAAUGUUAUUCCUAUCCGGUAGACUGGUUUGCUAUGGGGUGCAGCGUUUAUGAGAUGAUUGCAGGCCAAACGCCAUUCAAAGAUUUAAAGGAAAAAGUCACCAAAGAAGAAGUGAGGAGGAGAACAUUGGAGGAGGAGGUUGUAUUCAAUCAUCCAAACUUUACACCUGAAGCAAAAAGUAUCUGUUCACUAUUCCUUGCUAAGAAUCCCGAACAACGUCUGGGGAGCAGGUAAGAAUCCUACCUUCUCAUUUUGGUGUAAACGUUGGCUCACACUUUCAAGUAUUAAUGGUAGCUCACAAUAUUUUUAAACAUGUAGGUUUCUCCAAAUGUUUUUCUGGAGAAACCACUACAAAGACCCUAAAAGUGUAGCGCUUACUUAUACUUACCCCUAAAUUUAGAGGUAUCGGGUAGUCUCAGGUAAGGUAGAAUAUGCAAAAAAAAGGAAAAAGAAAUCUCCAAUAAUGAAGUAUGUCCAAUAAUGCAUAAAAAAAAUAGAAAUGGUGGCAAUUUACAGUAGGGGACUGGCUCGGAUCACAUGAACUUUGGUGUGUAAUAGGAGACACCCUCCCUCUUUAUUUUCUUAUUUCAGGCUCAGGAAAAAACACAUAAAUGGAAUUGCUCCUUGGUGAAGUAUGUUAGGGUGAGUCAUAUAUACAAAAGUAUUUCAAAUAGAAAAUUGAUCACCUUGUCCAGAGCCAAACCUUUAAACCUGGCUCUGGUUCACACAGCUUGUUACCCACUAAGGGGGAUACACCUUCUUUAGGAGGUAGAUGCAGGUAGCAGCACGAUGUAGUAAAUGAUCCAAUAGUUCAAUUGAUUAAUAUAUAAAAUAUGUUAAAAAAAAUAUGUUAAAAAAGUAAUACACAUAAUUUACAAAACAAUAAAAAGUCUUUAGCUGCCAGCCUCUCAGAGACGCAUUUCGCCCUUCCCUCGGAGAGACUCACAGGGAAUGCGCUGGCUACAGGAGAGAGUGCCGCUGGCCUCUGCCCACUAAGCCCAGACUGCUUCACCACUGGGAGCAAGAGAGAGACCAGGGGUAACGGAUACCUACACAGCAACCUGAGACGGACAGGUCAGAGCAUGACACCGGAGGCUACCAGGUCAGCUACUUGUUGUUGGGUGGACUUCUCGACUAACUCAGGCACAGACCAGCAGUAGGUCUGGUAUCUGGUUAGUCUUCCCUUGGGGGGGAGAUAUGUGGUGAACAUAACCUUGCCACAGGCUCCUGGAUGAGCCGGCUUGCCAGCCUCGUGCCUCAGGACUAUGGGCCCUGCAAAAUACACUUCAAUAGGCUCUGUUCGUGUGAAUUGGGAUUAUAUUGUUCAGGAACCGAACAACUGCAUGAACCAGAGACCACCCGUGCGCUUGUUAAGCCCAAUUGACACCUUGUAGCGAGUUCCACCGCAGUUCUAAUAAUUCGUCUUGGUGGCCGCAAUUUGUAUGAACAACCACGAGGUGGCGGCCAUCUUGUUCACAUAAACGCAGACAGCGGUGUUUGGUAGUCGAGUUCAUGGAACUGAAAUCAGACACUGAAACUCCCAAACACCGCUGGACCAUCAUCACCUGCAUUCAGUUCUAUACAACUUAGAAGGGUACUGUUCAGUGGAAUCGUUCCCACGAAGAAGGUGAACAAGCUACACAUGUUAACUAUGGAUUCAGUUCAGUAUUUUAUGCACUUUUAUACUUCCGAAAUAGACCGACCAUUAGCACUGAUUCCCUUGGAACUGUUUUGGGCAUAGGACCAUGUGUGCGGUCGGUCAAAUGAUUGACUUCCAUGGAAAAACCGAACCUCUGGUAAUUUUUGGAUAUGUUUGUAACCCAGAUUGGGGCUAUGUAACUUGUGUAACUAAUUUGUGGGGUUUCUAUGGAUUUUGGGGGUACUUUUGGGAUGUUUAUAAAUUGUAUAUUUUUUGUACCUGAGAUAAUUUUAUUACAUGUUUGCUUCUCAGAUAAUUAUCUCUCAGGCACAAAGGAUCAUGGGAGGGAUUUCCCUGUAUUCUUGUACUGAAAACCCCUUGCAGGAGCUUUUGCAUAAAAGGCUGUGUGUGGCCUCCAAUAAAACAGUUCAUCCCCAGCAUUCAGUCUCGACUAAUGUCUGUGGGGGAAGCUAUACUUGCUAUAAUCACGUGCUAUACUGCUGUGGAUUGUUAUACAGCUAUAUUCUCUUGGAGGAGAGGUCUUCCCACUGGGAGCUGGAUCCAGGUGUUGGUCCAGGGUGGAAAGGGACGGCGAGACCCCAGCCAUGCUGUGGCGGCUAAAGGGGACUACGGUGCUUAUGGUGUCCAGUGCGGUGCUUGUAGUACUCGUGAUACUAGUAAGCAGCGAUUGGCAGAGGUACCCAGUUGGGGUGCCAGGCGGUUCGCCACAACAUCAAACAAACAAUAAAAAAGCUGCGUGCCACAACAUCUGGAUCCUGGACCAACAUGCCUUUUAAUUGGAUGCAUGACCUUAUUACACCAAUUUUCACCACAAUUUGCCAGUGUUCUCUACUGACAGGUUCCAUAAAACAAACUGUGCUCCAUCUUAUUUUAAAAAAGCCCUCACUGAAUCCUGACUGCAAUGGAACUUACAGACCUAUCUCAAAACUUCAUUUUCCUAUGGAAAGUCAACAAGAUAUUUGUUGCAACUCAACUAGAAACAUAUCUGUCAACAAACAAUAUUUAUGACUCGUUCCAGUAAGUUUUUACAGCAAUCCAUAGUAUUACAAUUGCCCUAGUAUGAGUACUAAAUGGUCUACUGAUGGAAAAAGAAAGAGGUGAGUGCUCAAUUUUAAUUAUCCUUGACCUCUCUGCUGCAUUCGACACCAUGGAUCAUGGAAUUUUAUUACACCACCUGCCCAACACCUGUGGUCUGUGUAUAUGCUUUCAAUGGGGGAUAUCAUGGGGAAACAUGGCCUAACCUACCAAAUAUGACACACAAAUAUACAUCUCCUUCAAACAAAAAACUUAAAUGUUCCAGCAAAAUAAGUGUAUUGGUGAUCUCCUGGAAUGGCUGAAGCUAAACCCAGACCAAAUAGAAGUAGUGGUGAUUGGUAUAGAUAGUUUGAUAAGCAGGCUGCAAACAGGUCAUCAAAUCAGUCUAGAAUAUGAAGGAUCAAUAUGUAAUGAUAUUGAUGUUACAAAGUUUUUGGAGUCCAGUAGCCAGAUCAGCAAUGUUUUCUGCCAGAGGUAGCCACUCGUUACCCAGGUGGUUGAGCCCCUGAGCCUUGAGUGGCCUUCUGGUCUUAAGCAGAGAUGGGAGACUGGAACAGAAAGAUGAUAAUCGUAGUGAGGCAAGCCGAGGUCAGUGGGAAGGAGAAGCAGCAAAGUCAAAACAGUCCAAAUUCAGCAACAGGAAGGAGAAACAGGAACACGCUUGAUUAGAGAGUACAGGAACCACAAUAAUCUGGCAAAGGUACAGAGACAGGAAGUGGCUUUUAUAGGCCAAGAACCAGACACCUGACCAGACACAGCUGAAGAGAGUUGUCACUGAUAACCUUGACUCUACAAGCAAUUGUAUAAGAUCUCAGAUAAAUUUGCAAAAGGCAGGCUGGUGUACUGGUAAGGAAAAGGUUUAGCACCAUGUAAACCAGGGUUCGAAACCCAGCAGAGUCAGUUCCUCACACAAUACUACAAACCUUAAUUCUAUCUAAAGAAUCUUUAUGUAGAGCUUGAGAGAGAACUUCCACUGAAACAUCAUAUAUCAGAUAAACCACAUGCCUCAUUCUUCAAUUUAAAUAAUAUAGCCAAGACCAAUCCUGCAGAAGAUCUUCCUAUGAUCAUCCAUGCUUUGUUGACAUCACAUUUAGACUACUCCAAUGCACUCUAUUAUGGUCUCCCAGAAAAAUUACUUCAUUGUCUUCAGCUGAUACAAAAUACUGCAGCGAGACUACUAGUUGGUCAGUCAAAAUUUUGCCAAGUGACGCCCAUUCUUUGCAAUGGUUACCAAUGAAAUGGCACAUACUAUUCAAGAUAGGUCUGCUAUUCUACAAAGCUCUACAAGAUCUAAGCUAUUUAAAAUAAUUAUUGGUGCCCUAUGUCACUAUUCGCAUGCUGCGUUCAGUGCCCAGAAUUCAACAAAAAUGUGGUUUAAGAACCAUACCGACCCCUUCUAUGGAACGCUCUCCCUAGCACAGUGAAAGAAGCCACCUCCCUGGACAUUUUAAAGCAAAGACUCAAGACCUACCUGUUUGCACAAGCCUUUCAGUAAUAGAAUCUGUAACUUCUAAAUAUGUGACUGAAUAUUUUCGAAAGCAGUUUGAGUGAAUGCGGUGAAAAAUGUUGUAUAAGUUAUUCCAAGCAUUGCCCCUUCACAGAAUAAUCAGCCACCAUAAAUGAGUAAUUUGUUACUAUUUAUAACACCAGAUUUCUAUUCUCAUUAGUUCAAACAGAAUUAAAUUAUUCUAUACAGAAAGAAGAAAACAUGAUAACUCAGAAGAAGGAAAACAUAUGGAGCAGGAAUUAUCUUAUACAUCAACUAAUGACCACAUUGAGACAAACAGCAAUGACAACCGGAGGGAGGUGCUGGAUGUACCAUAUCAGACCAGGCCUUCCAUUAGAAAUACUUUACAUUAACCCCUUAAGGAGACAUGACGGAAAUAUUCUGUCAUGAUUCCCUUUUAUUCCAGAGGUUGUGUCCUUAAUGGGUUAAUAAUAAGAACAUGCAACAUUAUCUCAAUGUUAUUCACUAAGGUGUGAUUCAAAAUGAGCUGAAACAAAAAAAUUAUCCAAGUCAGAAAUGUUUUUUAAUUCAUGUAUUUUGGCCUAAAAUCUAAAAUUCACUUUGAAAUUAGCUUUUGAUUCUCAUCAAUUUGCACUUUAGUGGAAAACUCUAUACUAUGUUAAAAUGGUGAAAGGGUUACUCCAACCACUAUGACCACUUCUGCUUUUUGAAGUGGUCAUGAUGGUAGGAGUCUGGGUGUGCAGUGUUUCUGCUUGAAACAUCGCACACCCAGAGAUAGUUUUAAUUGUGUGCUAGCGGACAACUGCACCCCCAACACAUGUGACUAUGCUUAAAGGACCACUAUAGUGCCAGGAAAACAAACCCUUUUUACUGGCACUAUAGUGCCCUAAGGGUGCCUCUACCCUCAGGGUCCCACUCCCGUGGCGCUGAAGGGGGAGGAAGGGGUUAAUCCCCUUUUUUUUUUUUUCAGCGCCGGGCUCCCUCGUCGCUGGGAUUCUCCUCCCUCUUCUGAAGUCCCUGGCUGAAUGCGCAUGCGCGGCAAGAGCCGCACAUGCAUUCAGCCAGUCCAUAGGAAUUCAUUCUCAAUGCUUUCCUAUGGACGCUGGCGUCUUCUCACUGUGAAAAUCACAGUGAGAAGCGCGGAAGCACCUCUAGCGGCUGUCAAUGAGACAGCCACUAGAGGCUGGAUUAACCCAUAUGUAAACAUAGCAGUUUCUCUGAAACUGCUAUGUUUACAGCAAAAAGGGUUAAACCUAGCUGGAUCUGGCACCCAGACCACUUCAUUAAGUGCUGACUGGAUUAAGGUAGUGCCGACUGGAUUAAGGUAAGUAAAGACUAAAUGCUUCAGAAUAAAUGCAUGCUAAUAGGGCAAUGUUCUAAUAAAAUCGAAAAAGGGUUGGCAAAACCUUUUAAUCGCUGGGGUCCAAUAUUUGAUAUGUUUAUUAAAGGAAAACUUUAAAGUGAGUAUAACUCAACUCUACACUGACCAGCCACAACAUUAAAACCACUGACAGGUGAAGUGAAUAACAUUGAUUAUAUUGUUACAAUGGCAUCUGUCAAGGGGUGGGAUAUAUUAGGCAGCAAGUGAACAGUCAGUUCUUGAAUUUCAUGUGUUGGAAGCAGGAAAAAUGGGCAAGCGAAAAGAUCUGAGAGGGCAAAAUAGUGAUGGCUAGACGAGUGGUUCAGAGCAUCUCCAUACAGAAGUCUUGUGGGGUGUUCCUUGCAUGCAGUGGUUAGUACCUACCAAAAGUGGUGCAAGAAAGGACAAUCAGCAAACAAGCUUGUGUAUGUGAGCCAUUUACAUGGAGUAGUAAUGGCAGCAGGUUGGCAGAGGCAGUGUUAUGCUCUGGGCAAUGUUCUGCUGGGAAACCUUGGGUUCUGGCAUUCAUAUGGAUGUUACUUUGACACGUAGCACCUACCUAGAGAUUGUUACAGACCACGUACACCUUUUCAUGCACUGCUGUUCCCUGAUGGCAGUUGCCUUUUUAGCAAGCUAAUGCACCCUGCCACACUGCAUAAAUUGUUCAGCAAUGGUUUGAGGAACAUGACAAAAAGUGUAAGAGGUGUGGCCUUGGCUUCCAAAUUCCCCAGAUCUAAAUCUGAUUAAUGAUAUGUGAGAUGUGCUGGAACAACAAAGACGAUCCAUGGAGGCCCCACCACGCAAUUUGAAGGACUUAAAGGAACACUAUAGUGUUAGGAAUACAAAGCUUUAUACCUAAUAAUAUAGGAACCCUCUGACCCACUCCCUCGCACCUUCCCCCUGGCAAUGUAAAGGGAUAAACACCUUUUUUCAUUUACCUGAUUCCAACGCCAAUGUCCCCAAGCCAUGACAAUGACACAAAGUGGUCUGGGUGUCUAUAGGAUCUGCAGCUAAUAUCUUGGUGCAAGAUGUCACAAGACAUAUUCAGAGGUUUUGUGGAGUCCGUGCCUCAACGCAUCAGAUCUGUUUUUGGCAGCACGACGGGGGGCAGCACGACAGGGAGCCACACGAUAUUGGGUGGUUUUAAUGUUGUGGCUGAUCAGUGUAUGCAUUAUCACUCUUUAAAAUAUUUUUCAUAUUUUUAGGUUAUUUUGUGAUUUCAGUAUACAAGCUGUCAAAACUUUGUCUUAGUAUACAAUCUGUAAAUAACUAAUUUCUUACAUUCAUUCCAUUGCCCUAGGUGAGUUAAAUCUUCAUUAUCAACAUUCUAUAAGUAUAGAACAGUUGGACUAAUAUUGUAACUCCAUGCUCAUCAAGAAUUUUGCUGCCUGGGUCCGUGAAAAGAAUCCUGCCUUCUCCCCUGCACAUGUGCUAGCCAAUGAAUACCUUUACUUCUUACUUCACCAAUCUCGUAUAAACAUACAUAAUUAUACACACACACAGACACAUACUUGUCAGACACCUAAUCAUACAGGCAUACCCUGACACAUACUCUUAUUUCUCCUGGGGGGGGAAGGGGAGGGGGGUUUGCAGCUGACUCCGUGGUCCCCAUAAUUCCUGGAGUGCUGUCCUACUAACAGGGUAAAUCUAAAGACCGUCUAGCAUUUAUAUAUGAUCUUCACAGCAGAGGGCACUGUGGUCUCCAGUCUAAUCUCUUGUGUCUUUCAUUCUCCUGGAGCCUAAAUUGAUUUUCAUCUGCUAAAUGGAGAGAGGAGAGAUGGCUUUGGUGUGCUUCUUUCAUUGCUUCUACGACACAUGUACAUCUUUCACAUCCCCCAGCCAUUACACACCAGCAUUUAAAAAAAAAAAAACUAUGUUAGUAAUGAAUGUAGAAAUGUGUAAAUGCAAUGUGGCUUAGUAGAGAAGUAAAACAAGAGAUUAAAAAUAAAAGGGCAUUUAAAGCAUUUAAAUCAGACAAAUCAGAGGCAUCCUAUAUAAGAUAUAAGGAAGCCAAUAAUGCUUGCGAAAAAAACAAUUAAAGUGGCUAAACUAGAAAAUGAGAAAUUGAUAGCCAAAGAAUGCAACCAAAAUAAAUAAAUGAAAGUGUAGGUACACUGGAAACAGAGAUGGGUUUGUUUGCUAUUGAAGAUCAGGAAAAGGCAGAAAUUUUAAAUAACUAUUUUUCUUCAGUAUAUAUUAAAGGACCACUAUAGGCACCCAGACCACUUCAGCUUAAUGAAGUGGUCUGGGUGCCAGGUCCAGCUAGGAUUAACCCUUUUUUUUUUUUUUAUAAACAUAGCAGUUUCAUAGAAAUGUUUUAUUCAUAACUAAAGAGACAUUUUUUUAAAAUCAAAUUUGUAGGAACAGGUAGAUUGUAAUGCCCUUUGAAUUGCACAGCAUGAAAAUUAAUUCAAUUAACCAAUAUUAUUGCACUGAUUUUUAUGAUUUCAAAAUUUGCCCCAAAGUCACUUUUCAUACAUAAUCCCAUCCAACUCUUUGUCACUGAUUUCUAUAUCUCUGCUUUGCUGAACUCCACAUCAAUCUGUUAUCUUGUCCAUUGUGCACUGUGACGGUUGUGUGUGCUGAUGACGAUACAGUGGUGUUUUAUUUUGCAGGAGCAAUGAUGAUGAUCCCAGGAAACAUCACUUCUUCAAAUCCAUAAACUUCCAAAGGCUGGAAGCUGGGAUGGUGGAUCCCCCAUUUGUACCAGACCCUUCUGUGGUUUAUGCCAAAGACAUUGCAGAUAUAGCUGAUUUUUCAGAGGUUCGAGGGGUUGAUUUUGACGAAAAAGAUAUGAAGUUUUUUAAGAGGUUUGCAACAGGGGCUGUACCAAUCAGCUGGCAAAAGGAGAUCAUCGACACAGGACUGUUUGAUGAGCUAAAUGACCCAAGAAGGCAAUCAUGCGGGCGUUAUUUAAAUAGCUCCGGAGAGAGGAAGUCAGGUGUAUGUUCCAUUAUCUAAGGUCCAUAUGGAACUGAGCUAUCAGGAACUUGCUAUGCAGCUCUGCCUGGAAAACACAUCAUUACAAAUGGUCAACUGGUUCUGGUUAAAAUGUUUAAAUGGAGGCUAAUGUUCACCUAUAAUUUUAUUUCUUAUAUGAAAGCGCUUCACCUAUUUAAGUAGAAAUGUACAUGCAAUAAUUUGAAGCAAGAUAUUCUGUGAGACAUUAUUGUUUUGGUAGCACACUGUGGGAAGCCAUUUUUAUUGGCUCUAAAAAGAGCACUUUAUGUCGACAAAUGUGCGCACUGGCUUUAUCUGAUGUAGGAAAUGUAAGCACAAGACUAAGGUGCCUUGCAUUUAGUGGUUUCCUGUCCGCUUAUGGACAUCUAAAAUACAAUCAGUGGUUAUCAAAAGGCCAGCAAACAGGUACAUUUCUAGCCGUUAAAUAACAAGCCCUAUUAUAUUCACACUGUGGAGUAUUUAGGGAGUUAUAGUUGUACAAUAAACCUGAAAUUCUACAAGCAGCCUCAUACGAUUUAGUCUAAUACACUGAAAGGCGGUGUGUUUGGAUACAGAUGCAGAUUUAGUAAUGUUCAUUCUUAUUAUCUACCUCUUUGGAUUUCUCCUGCCACCGUGGCAAUUUCACCGUAUUUAUCAGCAGUAGGAUUGAAAUAUAAACCUGUUGAAUGGCAUGGAAAGAGCCUGUAGGGUUACACAAUGAAUUAUAAGUUUAUGUCAUCACAAAGCAUUUAAAUUUACACCUGACCUGAUCAACAGUGUGGUUCUUAUGGUUUAGUUUGUUAAAUCUGCCCUCCACCGGUAAGCAUUUUGUUUUGUUAUGCUCAAAGACAAUAAAAAAUCUACAAUAAAAGCACGCUACAAGUCAUUUAGUUUGUUUAUAUCCAGAAAUUUAAAGAGCUACAUGUCACAGUGAAUAAUA